AUGGCUGGACUUCCUGAACCUCAUGGUGGUGUAUUGAAGGACUUGAUCGCUAGGGAUCUCCCCAAGCACCAGGAGCUUCUCGCCGAGAGUGAGACGCUGCCGUCAAUUGUCUUGACCGAGAGACAGCUAUGUGAUUUGGAACUGAUCAUGAACGGAGGAUUUUCUCCUUUGGAGGGUUUCAUGAACGAGGCGGACUACAACGGUGUAGUUGAGAAUGAGCGUAUCGCAGACGGUACCUUGUUCUCCAUGCCGAUCACUCUUGACGUCUCUAAGGAACAGAUCGACGAGGCUACGAUUAAGCCAGGUUCUCGCGUUACACUUAGAGAUUUCCGUGAUGAUCGCCAUUUAGCUAUCAUUACCGUUGAUGAUGUUUACAGGCCUGACAAAGAUAAGGAGGCCAAGUUGGUAUUUGGUGGUGAUGAUGAGCACCCUGCAAUUGCCUACCUGUACAAGACCGCAAAGGAGUUUUACAUUGGUGGUAAGGUCCAAGCUAUCCAGAGGCUUAGCCACUACGACUAUGUCGGUUUGAGAUACACUCCUGCCGAGCUCCGUCUUCACUUUGAGAAGCUCGGAUGGUCCAAGAUUGUCGCUUUCCAGACCCGAAACCCCAUGCACCGCGCUCACCGUGAAUUGACCGUCCGCGCAGCCCGCACCCGCCAGGCUAACGUCCUCAUCCACCCUGUUGUUGGCCUUACCAAGCCCGGUGACAUCGACCACUUCACCCGUGUCCGUGUCUACCAGGCCCUCCUUCCUAGAUACCCCAACGGUAUGGCCGUCCUUGGUCUCCUCCCACUCGCUAUGCGUAUGGGCGGUCCCCGCGAGGCCAUCUGGCACGCCAUCAUCCGUAAGAACCACGGAGCGACCCAUUUCAUUGUCGGUCGUGACCACGCUGGACCUGGAUCCAACAGCAAGGGCGUUGAGUUCUACGGACCUUAUGACGCUCAGCACGCCGUGGAGAAGUACAAGGAAGAAAUUGGAAUCGAGGUUGUUCCCUUCCAGAUGAUGACCUAUCUCCCCGACACCGACGAGUACGCGCCUGUCGACGAGAUCAAGCCUGGAACCAAGACCCUCAACAUCUCCGGAACCGAGCUCCGUCGCCGUCUCCGUACCGGCACUCAGAUCCCUGAGUGGUUUUCAUACCCCGAGGUUGUCAAGGUUCUCCGUGAGAGCCACCCGCCCCGCAACAAGCAGGGUUUCACCGUCUUCCUUACCGGUUUCACCAACAGCGGCAAGGACGCCAUUGGUCGUGCCCUCCAGGUCACUCUCAACCAGCAGGGAGGAAGGUCCACCACCCUUCUUCUCGGAGAGACCGUGCGUUCUGAGCUUUCUUCUGAGCUUGGAUUCUCCCGCGAGGAUCGCCACACUAACAUUCAGCGUAUCGCAUUCGUUGCCGCUGAGCUCACCCGCUCUGGUGCCGCUGUCAUUGCUGCUCCUAUUGCGCCAUUCGAGGUCUCGAGGGCUCAGGCCAAGGAGACCAUCAGCCAGUACGGAUCAUUCUACCUCAUCCACGUCGCGACCCCGCUUGAGCACUGCGAGAAGACCGACAAGAGGGGCGUGUACAAGCGUGCCCGUGCCGGCGAGAUCAAGGGCUUCACUGGUGUCGAUGACCCAUAUGAAAACCCAGUCAAGCCCCACUUGGUUGUUGAUGCCAGCAAGCAGACUGUGAGGAAUAUUGUCCACCAGAUUGUGUUGUUGUUGGAGAGCGAGGGAUUGUUGGAUACUCUAUAA